AUGAGAAUAACUUUCUAUCUGGUAAUAUUUACACCUACAAUGGCUUUCCAAUGUUUUCAAUGCAAUAAUGGAGUUGACGAGGAUGAUGUCAAGCCAUGUGUCAAUCAGAAAACGGAAUGUCCGAAAGAUACGAAAAGUUGUUCGACCAUUUUGUAUGCAUCUGAGCAAGGUGAUGAAAUUCAUAUACGAAAAUUUUGCACAACUUCCGAUACUUCUAUACCACAAUACUUUCAUUUAUUACCCAACAGUGCCAUGUGUCAAAACAUUUUUACGAAUCAAGAACAAAUACAAUUUACAUCAUUGCUUGAAAGACGACGUCGUGAAGCAUUACCACCAGCACCACCUCGACAAUACAAGAAUAACUUGCUAUGCAUAUGUACUACGCCUUUGUGUAAUAGCGGCAUGCACAAGGAGGUCAUAGAUAGGAUUAUGUCUAAUCCAUCAAAGCACAAUGUUGAUAUAUCAUUACAAGAAUUGAAUGAUUGA